AUUUUACGGUUUUGCUUCGGAGGCACAGAUGGACCCGACCAUAGAGUCAGAAAUCUUUAAGGCCCUUAAAAAGACGAGGUUGAUAUCUGGUGAUAAGAAGGAAUUACAGUACUCUAGAUGCGGCAGAACAGACAAGGGAGUUUCCUCUGUUGGCCAAGUAAUUUCUUUGUUACUGCGAUCAAAUCUCAAGGAAACAACAAGGAGCGAUGGAUAUUCUGGAGAAUCUUCUGCUGAAGUAUCUCGUGGUAGCGAAAUAGAUUAUGUGAAGAUGCUAAACAAAGUACUUCCAAAAGACAUACGAGUUAUUGGGUGGUCACCUGCUCCAACUGAUUUCAGUGCAAGGUUCAAUUGCUUAAGCAGGGAGUACAAGUAUUUCUUCUGGAGAGAAAAUUUAAACAUUGCAGUAAUGGAGAUUGCAGGAAAGAAAUUUACUGGAGAACAUGAUUUCAGAAACUUCUGUAAGAUGGAUGCAGCUAAUGUUCACAACUAUAGGCGUCACAUCACAUCAUUUGAAAUUUUUCCAUGUAGUGAAAGGUUUGAAGAUGAUGAACUCUGGGCAAUGAAAAUCAAAGGCAGCGCUUUCCUAUGGCACCAGAUCCGAUGCAUGGUUGCUGUACUUUUUUUGAUUGGCCAAGGUCUUGAAUCUCCAAAUGUGAUAGAUGAGUUACUGGAUAUUGAAAGAACACCAAGGAAACCUCAAUACACAAUGGCCCCCGAGAUUCCACUGGUUCUAAGGUAG